CCUUGCCCUUAAAAAACAUGGCUCCUGCUGCCUUGCCAAUGCCUUCCCAUCUGUUUCAUUUUCUCCUUCUGCCUCUUGGGGCCGAAAUGGGGGAGGCUCAGCCAGUCAGCUGCUCCUGAAAAGCUGAAGCAAAGACUGAGGAGGGAACAAAAUCCUCCUCAGCCAGGACUGAAAAGGGGGCGACCCUUGUGUGCCAGGAGGUGGCCAUCAUUCUCAUCCCCCAGUGCCUUGCCUAGUUGCCUCCCCUCUCGGUGCCUCUUCUCCUCCAUUUCCUCAGCUUUUGUUUUUUUCGUUACUGGAAGAGGAGUUUUUUAUAAUAAUAAUUAUUGUUAUUAUCAUGGCUACUAAAGAUUCAGCCCUAAUGGAGGUCCCCUCCCCCUCUGACAGGUGCCUCCUUGGGGGCAAAGAAGAGGGGCUGCAGGUGAGGGAAGCAGGAGGCAAGCAGGUAGCUGCCAGAGCCAGAUGGAAGCUCCUCAGACAGGUUCUGAAAGAAAAACACCUGGAAAAUGCCCACCUUCAACAAGUGUCAGUAAGGAGAUUUGCAUCAUUCAAUCUUUUCUCAAUCACAAAAGAAGACAAAAAAGUAGCAGAUGAUGAUAGCGGGACAUGGAUUCAGUAUAAAAGCAUCUAUUUUCCUGAGUAUAGUAUAUCUUUAAGAUGUAAUAAUGGACUGUUAAAUGUUGAAGAUGUUCUGACGAGUUUUGACAACACAGGAAAUGUCUGUAUCUGGCCUUCUGAAGAGGUACUAGCUUACUACUGCCUCAAGCAACAUGAAAUGUUCAGGGGCCUUGCUGUGUGUGAGCUAGGGGGUGGCAUGACAUGCUUGGCUGGGCUUAUGGUUGCUAUUUCUGCAGAUGUCAAAGAAGUUCUGUUAACUGAUGGAAAUGAAAAGGCCAUCAAAAAUGUGAACGAUAUCGUAAGAAGAAAUGAAAAGGCAGGAGUCUUUAGAACCAAAGCUGUUUCGAGCUGCAUUUUACGAUGGGAUAAUGAGACAGAUGUCUCUCAACUGGAAGGACAUUUUGACAUUGUUAUGUGUGCUGACUGCCUGUUUCUGGACCAGUACAGAGCUUGCCUUGUGGAUGCAAUAAAGAGAUUACUCCAGCCCAGUGGGAAAGCAAUGAUAUUUGCUCCACUCAGAGGGAAUACUCUAAACCAGUUUUGCAAUCUAGCUGAAAAAGCUGGUUUCUCUAUCCAAAGACAUGAAAAUUAUGAUGAACACAUUUCAAACUUCCACUCCAAGAUGAAAAAAGAAGAAAAAGAUAUUUAUGAUGAGAAUCUUCACUACCCAUUUCUUCUCAUUUUAACGAAAUAGAAUGUGUAGUGGGUAUAUUUUGAUUACAAAGGGAGGCAUAUAUUUACAUGAAUGUGCAAUUUUAGGAAUCACCAAGGUUGUCAAAAGUUAUCAUCUGUUCCUGAGAAGCAAAAACCCUUAGUUCUAUAUAAUAGUAGAUCAUUCUUAGAACUUUUGCAUUGGUUUUACUAAAAAGUCAGUCGGAUAAGACUUGAAGCCUUAACAACUCUGUUUCUCUCCCCUUGUGGCUGUCAUCACGCACACGAUUUCUUCAUCUCGACAAAAACAAAAGUCUCCUCCUAGUACGUUUGAAAGCAUAUGUUCUGUGCCUGUGUUUGACCGACUGUAAAAUGCUAAAGGAUUUAUAUUGUCCCAGUAAAAUGAGGAAAGAGGUACUGAUAAUUGGUGGACAUUCAUAUUCUUUGUGCACCUUGUGCUAUAUUUUGAUUCCUUUCCUCCUUCUUGUCCCUUCAUGCUAUUCUUGAGAAUUGCCUUAUAGGUUUUCCUCCCCUUGUCAGAGUGAAAUGUUUCAAACUUGCUUUGCUCGAUUACUUAAUGUUUUUUGACAACAGGAAUUUUUUUUGUCCUUUCCCUGUAGAUGUAUAAGAAAUUACGCCUGGAACCAAAAGCCUCAUAAACUGACCAUUUGUCCUCUGGACACAAUGCGCUGGCCAGCCCUCUGCUCCUCCUCUCCAAUUAUGUGUGAUUAGUCUCAGUGUGUUGUGUCAAGAAGGGGGAGUGUGCUGAGUACUUAUUAUCUGUUUAGGUACAAGGAGAGUGCUCUGGCUAUGAAUGAAUAGUGAGCCUUUAUCAGGACUGAAAUCUAACUGCAACUGUUCCCCAGACCUCUUGUUAAAAAUAGAUCUUGUCUGAGAAACCCAGAAUGCUAUAGCAACUGUGGGGUUUCCUCCCAUCCAACCCCCUACACCACCCCCCAAAUGCAUCCAAACAUCUUUAAAAGCCGGCAGAAUUCACACGUUUGCUUCACAUUUGUAUCCCCCCCCCCGUUGAAAAAAAGCAGAAGACAAAAUUGGUUGCAUUUGUUUUCUUACUGGUUUAAGAAAGGAUUUGGUGGUCAUAUUAAAGGAUCCCAGCUGAAUUUUUAAAUGAUCCCAAGUACCCCUCCUGGUUAAAAAAAAUUAAAAGGGAAUCCUGGUAAUAACAAAUGUGAAUACAGCUCAUUGUGCAAUUCAUUGCUGAAAUAUAUAAAAAUAAUUACCUUUAGUUUGUUGUCUUUCCUCUCCGGUUUAACAAACUGAGUUGUACACAAAAGUCUUGUUUCCUUCCCUGCUCUCCUCAAAUACAUUUCUUCACCACCAGUUUGCAUGUCCUUGUAUUCAACACUUUUUAUGCUCCAUUAGAGCACCUAUAUGGAUCUCAGAAGGCACAGGUCAAGUCGCAGUUAGAUCAUACAUUUCUUUCUCACAAAAACCUGAAUUGCAAUGCCAAGUGAUGGGCUAACAUCACAAUAACAGCAAUUUAUUCCUCUUUUGAUAAAACAGCAGUCUAUUCUCAGUGUUGGAUAAAGACCAGGGGCAAUGCAAACCAGCCAUUUAUCCUAGUAUUUCAGUGCUAGAUCUCCUUUUAUGGAUUUUAUAGAUUUCACAUUGAGACUCUUACUGCAUGGAAUUUCUGCUAAGAAAUGAUAAGAAUUUAAAGAUGGCUGGGGUUUGUCAGAGAGGAAACUCGCCUUCAAUCUGUAUGUGUCCUGUAGGUACAUAUACCAGCAAAGUAUAUUGUUGAGGAGAAAUCUCAUAAUGGAGGGUGUGCAAAUAAAUCUGCCAAAGUAUAUGUCUACAAAAGUGCUUAAGAGCAGAGUAAAUGGAUAAACUUGCCAACUUUUUAUCUAAUGACUCUGGAAAUCAUUGCUCCAUUCUUUUUUUCCCCCUCUGAGGAGAUAACAAGUAUAUCAAAAUGAACAACUAAUUAUUGUUGUUUGUUUCACUUCUGUGCCAGUCAUGUCAGUACAAGCUGGUGUCUCAAAUGCAGCCUAUUAUCCCGUAAGGGUUUAAUUGAAGGGGUCUUAAGAACACGAUCCUGCAAACAUUUAUGUAUUGAGGCUGAAUGGUGAAGCUAAAUUACUCAUGCAUAUAAUUGAUGAAAAGACUGGGGGGCCAUAGACUGUAGCAUUUGCUGUUUAGCAUCAUUGUAUAACGUCAACAUUUUGCUUUUGUUCUUUUCAAUCUCUACUGUAAAAAUAAUCAUAGGGGUGGUCUUUUUGUAACAUGUGGUUUUACUAUGGGAUGCACUUUCUGAUUUAUUUUUUUUACAUUAGACUACCUAAGCAUACAGUCUGUUAUUGAAAAAAAUAUAUGGUGGUGUUUCUACUCUGAAAUACGUUAAUAAACUUUUUAAAAGUUCAAA